AUGAUGGCGGCACCCCAGCUGCUUUUGCGCAAGCCUAAUGGCACCGCUGCCGGCCAGACAACCAAUGACGCCCAGAACACACCCAAGACCAAGCCUCAGCCCGAGGGCGAAAAGGUUGUUGUCCGCAGACUCCCUCCACUACUAACCGAAGAAGAAUUCUUCAAGAUCCUCGGCGAUGAAUGGAAGAUGGGCCAUGGAAAGGUCGACUGGUUUUCAUACUGGCCUGGCAAGAGCUCCCAGCAUCCCUCAAGGCCAUCUCGACCCACCCGUGCCUACUUUCACGUUAUCAAGAAAGAUGAUCUUAUAUCGCUCUCACAAGCCGUACAGAAUGGCGUGUGGGAGGACGCCAAGGAAUCAUACAACGACCCGGUCCUGAUCCUGCCCCCUACGGUCGAGCUGUCGAUCCACAAGAAGAUUCCGAGCGACAAGAAACGGCUGGAUAACCGGCAAGGCACCAUUGAUCAAGAGCCCGAAUUCAUGGCCUUUCUGGAGAGCCUCGCCAACCCCGAUGCCCACAAGAACACAGAUUCUGCCGGCGAAGCGAAUGCUGAGGAACCAACAGGCAAGCCGGAAAAGGUCACCACCACACCGCUUGUCGAAUAUCUCAAGGAGAAGAAAGCACAGAGAGCCAAGGAGGCUGCACUUGCUAGGAGCGCCAAGCAACAUGCCCGACAGGAAUCCCAGGGAGGAAAGACAAAGACUGCCACCGCGACUAUUACUCUGGAGGAGUUGAAGAAGCGCGCCAGAGAAGCCAAGGGGGAGAGGACGGAUAAGAUUUCGGAGAAACUGAGGGAUAAUGUCAAGAUUUUGACGAAAAGGGGCGCAUCAAGUGCCGCAGCGGAUGCCGCCAAGGCCGCCAAUACGAUUGCCAGCCAGAUCCAAGAGAACGCGCGGUCUAGCUCAAAGGCUGACACCCAGACCAAGGCCGCGCAGAGCUCAUCGCAGUCCGCCACUCAGUCGACUCCUUCAGGUGACGCAACAACAGAGAUUCCCAAGAGCCGACGGGCAGGUAUUGCCGCAGCGGCACGCAUCUUACAACGUGACUUAGGUCUCAGCCCUGGCAACGCUCAUAGAAAGGCACGUCAGGAGGCAGCAAAGGCCGAAGCUGAUGCAAAGGCCAGCGCUGCUGCUACCGCCAGUGCCAACGCCAGUGCUGCCAGGGAAACUGCAUCCAGAGAGAAGAAGGAGAGGGAAGCAGCCCCUGCGCCGUCGAGCGCUGAACGUUCCUUGACACCAGCCAAUGCUGUCGAUUCUUCGGCUGCUGCAUUGCGUUCGGCUUCUGCUAGGGGACGAGAGUCAGCCUCCGGAAGAACGCGCGGAAGAAGAGGACGAGGCGGAACAACAGAGGAGGCAAAGUCGAAGGGAACAGAUGGCGCCAAGGAGGCAAAACCUGCCGAAGUCGCGGCAUCACAACCACCGGUCAAGCCCACAAUGAUCCUCAAGAAGAGGGAUUCUACCCAGGCGGCUCCGCCAUCCGCACCCUCAGCACCUUCGACGCCUGUAGUCGCCCAACCGCUGGCAUCAUCAGCCUCGCAAAAGCCCACCACACCCAAGCAGCCAGCCGCCGAAGGCAGGCAAAGGGGCCGUGGUCGCGGAGGCGAGACUAAAGAGAACGCUCAACCUAACGCCGCCAACACCCCAUCUACUCCUGCUGGCCCCACCGCACUACGCGAGGCCAUGCAAGCUUUUGGCGCCAUCAACUCGAUCGAUAUUCGGAAGAAGGGCCUAGCCUACGUCGAAUUUGCAGACCCCCAGGCGUUGAAGAGGGCCAUAGCCGCGAGUCCUCUGACGAUUGCGCGGGCGAGCGUCACGAUUCUAGAGAGGAAAUCGGAGGAUAAGAAGGAAGGUGGCGGUAGGGACAAGGAAAAGGAGAUUGCUGCUCCCGAAACUGCGGCGGCAAGUGCGCCAGUGGAGAAGGAGAAGGCGGUGCCAGAGAAGGAAAAGGAGAAGGAGAAGGCACCAGAAAAGGAUCCUGCGAGAGAAAAGCGCGAUGAGGAAAGAAGAGGGGGGAGAGGAAGAGGAAGAGGUAGAGGACGCGACGGCGGCAGCGGUGACAAGGACAAGGAGAAGGCCGAGAAGGGUGAAUCCAGGGGAGGCGCAAAGGGCGAUGUUCCAAAGGAAACCGCCCCUCAGGGGGGAGGUGGUUCCGAUCGCCCUGUUAGCACACCCAAGGCCGAGAGAGGUAGCGCCGGCUCGGCCGCCGCUACCCGACCAACCUCGGCCCAGGACAAGGGUGAGAAGGACAAUAAAGAGAAUGAAAAGGGUGAGAAGGGCGAAGGAGACAAGAAUCGUCGUGGUAGAAGACGCGGUGGUAGGGGCCGCGGUGGUGGUGGCGAUAAGGACAAGGAGAAGGAUAAAGAGGGCGGCGGCGGCGGUGGCAGGGGUGAGAGGAAGACCGAGGGUAGUGGUGGUAUUUCUGCCCAGGCGGCUCCGGCUUCGUAA